CGUCACUUCCAGUCGCGCGUUUUCCUUGCGUUUCUGUGUCCGAGCGGAAUUAGGCUCUUCCUCCGUGAAGCUUUCGGGCCGAGAGGGUUCUUCCAGGACAAACUGUUCACAGAGAUGAUUGAAGCAGAAGUAAAUCCUAAAGCUUAUCCACUUGCUGAUGCUCUGCUAACCAAGACACUGCUGGAUCUUGUACAGCAGUCCUGUAACUACAAACAGUUACGCAAAGGGGCAAAUGAAGCCACUAAAACCUUGAACAGAGGAAUUGCUGAAUUCAUUGUGAUGGCUGCAGAUGCUGAGCCCCUUGAGAUCAUCCUUCACCUUCCACUACUUUGUGAGGACAAGAAUGUGCCCUAUGUGUUUGUGCGGUCUAAGCAGGCCCUGGGCCGGGCAUGUGGUGUGUCUCGGCCUGUAAUUGCCUGUUCCAUUACUAUCAAAGAAGGCUCACAGCUAAAACCUCAAAUUCAGUCUGUCCAACAAGCCAUUGAGAGACUAUUGGUCUAAAUCUGACUACUUAUACUAAAAAUAACUCAUGGAGAAAAUUAUUGUUUAGUUUGUACAAAUGACAAGAUUUAAAAUUUAUAUAGUGUGUACUUCUAGUGUGUUUUUGUUCAGUCUGUUCUACCUGCAUCAGUCAUUCUUGUUUUUCAGAGUUUUUAAUAAGAGAAUGCUGUUGUUACUUUUCCUUCUGAUGCAGAAUUUCUUUCCCCAAUGAGAUUUAGUCAACCCCUUUUGGCGAUGAACCAGCUUCAUCUGAAGAUGAAUUUGAGUUCUAGUAAAUGCAAAGCAUAUAAUCUGGACAACAUAAGGUUAGCUUACUGACCAUGCUUUAAGCUACUGUAUCCCUUGCUUGAGUGAAGACUAGCACCAAAGUGUAGUUCUGAUACAGACUGAUGUUAAGAAUAGUGUAGGAAAGGGCAGAUGAAAUCCAUGUAACAAAAUGGCUAAUUUUUUUAAAAAAUGAAUUAAAUAUACAUUGUGUGA